AUGUUACUGAUCCUUCGGGAAGGCUUUCUUCUUGGGUUGGACGCGACUGCUGUCAAUGGAAAGGAAUUUUGUGCAACAACCGCACGGGUCAUGUUGCAAAGGUGGACCUUCGGAAUACUUAUCCAUCUCCAGUAUGAUUUGAGCGGGAACAGUUUCCAACUCCCUAAGUUCAAUGGUCUGCUUGAAAAUUUGAGGUAUCUCAACCUCUCCUCUGCAUUAUCAUCUGAGGGAGCUGAGAUUCCAGAGUUUAUUGGAAACUUGUCGUCUUUGGAAACACUCGAUCUUUCCAAUAAUUAUUUCGAAGAGAAUCCAAUUCCUAAGUCUUUUGGCCAGCUUAAGAGUUUGAAUUAUCUUAAUAUCUCCAACUCAGGUUUUGGGGGAGAAAUUCCCCCUAACCUUGGAAACCUGUCAAACCUGAACCAUCUUGACCUAGGGGGGAAUUUCUUCUUGAAAAUAUCUUCCGAAAGAUUGAAUUGGCUUCCUCGCCUCUCUUCCUUAACAUACCUCAAUCUCGACUUUCUCAAUCUUCGCAGCGCGGGAGCAAGUUGGCUAUCUGUAGUUAACAUUCUUCCUUCGCUGUUAGAGUUGCAUUUGUUUGAAUGUGCAAUUGAAAGAAUUCCACUCUCAAUCCAAAAGGUAAAUAUGACUUCACUUUUGGUACUUGAUAUGUCAAUGAAUUCUAUCAUUUCUCCACUACCUAGCUGGUUUUCUAAUCUUACUAGUCUUCGAAAUCUCUAUCUGAGUGGAGAUUAUUUCAAUGGAAACUAUUUCACUGGUCCGAUUCCUCGAGAGUUUGCAAGCCUCGAAUAUCUGCAAGGCCUUGAUUUUUCUGGUAAUAGACUCGAAGACAGUGUAUUGGAAUCACUGGAUUUGUCCUCUAAUGAGCUGGAAGACGAGUUGCCUGACUCCCUUGGGAUGCUACACAACUUGCAAUAUGUCAACCUUGAGUUCAACAAUUUUUCGGGUAAAAUCCCGGAAUCUAUUGGAAAGUUGUCAUCCUUGAAAACUCUAAACCUCAGUUACAACAAUAUGAUUGGACCGAUUCCCGAUAGUUUGGGACAAUUGCCUGAGCUAGUUCACCUAGAUUUGUCCAGGAAUUCAUGGGAAGGCAUUUUAACAGAAUCCCAUUUUGCAAAUCUCACAAAAUUACGAUCUAUUGAUGUGUCUACAUAUCGACCUAUGUCGCUCAUUGUCAAUCUGACUUAUGAGUGGAUUCCUCCCUUCAAGCUCUACACAGUUGGCAUUACAAAUUGCAAUGUAGGUCCUAAUUUUCCUGCAUGGCUUCUGUUGCAAACUGAACUUUCUGAUGUCACCCUUCGUAGUACUGGAAUCUCGGGUAUCAUACCAGAAGAGUGGUUCUUGAAGAUAUUGUCGCAGCUCAAAUAUUUGGAUUUAUCGUACAAUCAUAUCAGCGGAAGGCUUCCACUCCAAUUGAAAUGUCCAAAACUAUAUCAUAUAGAUUUGAGCUAUAACAGAUUCGAUGGUCCACUCCCACUUCUGUCCGCCAAUGUUACCAUCUUUAAUCUUGAAAGCAAUUCAUUUUCGGGGCCAGUUCCUUUGAACAUUGACCAAUUGAUGCUGACAUUACAAGGAUUGUAUCUUUCUGAUAAUCAGUUGAAAGGCACAAUUCCACCCUCCAUUUGCAACUUGCAGAGCUUGUCAAUCCUUUCUCUGAGAAAUAAUCAGUUAUUCGGAGAAUUUCCGCAAGAAUGGAGUAUGUGGCCCUUAAUGUUGAUUGUCGAUGUUGGAUACAACAAUCUCUCAGGACAAAUUCCUCAAAGUUUGUCUUCUUUAACCUCCUUAUCUUACUUGAACUUGUCUUACAACAACUUGGGUGGAAGGAUUCCUUCUGGGAACCAACUCCAGACGCUCGAAGAUCCCUCCAUUUACGAGGGCAACCUUUUACUGUGUGGAGUUCCUCUUUCAACUAAGUGCCCAGGAGAUGAUACUUUUACUGCUACAGAUGCGAAAGACAGCAACGAAGAUGGAAAUGAUAAGUUGUGGUUCUAUGUCAGCAUGGCACUGGGUUUCACCGUAGGCUUUUGGGGUGUUUGUGGUACAUUGCUUGUGAAGAAGUCAUGGAGGUAUGCUUAUUUUCGAUUGUUCGAUGACAUCAAAGAUAAGGUAAUGCUAGCAAUUGCAGUCAAAGCAGCUCAUUUUCAAAGGAAACUUUGA